GUCAGUCGCUCGCUGUCCCGAACUCGGGCACACCGCACACGGCACCUCACCUCACCCCACCCCACCCCACCCCCAUCCAGCAAGUCACCCUCCCGCCGCAUGGCCCUGGCAGCGGCACUCGCCCGCGCCGCCACCGCCGCGGGGCCGCUCUUCCUCCGGGCCCGCCCCCUCGCGCCGUGCACCGCCGCACCCGCGCCCGCACUGUCCCGCCGCAGGAGCCUCCUCUCCGGCGCCCACACCGCCGACGAGCCCCCUCCCCCCACGCAGCCGCCGCCGUCCAAGCUGCCCGACGCCCCCGGAGCGGUGCCCCCGCUGCCGUGGAGGGCCGCCGAGGCGGAAAUCGUCCGCGACAUCGAUCCCGUCGUGCAGCUCAUCAAGGAUAUCCUCCACUCCGACAGGUAUGGAGAUGGUGAAUGUCUCAGCCCAAAGGAUGAAAAUAUUAUCGUCGAGAAGCUUCUUGCUUACCAUCCACGUGUGGAUGAUAAGAUUGGUUGUGGACUUGAUGCUAUAAUGGUUGAUAAGCACCCACAGUUCAGAAAGUCAAGAUGCCUUUUUGUUGUUCGCACGGAUGGUGUUUGGAUUGAUUUUUCAUACCAAAAGUGCCUCCGUGCAUACAUUCGAGAAAAGUAUCCAUCACAUGCAGAGAGAUUUAUACGAGAACAUUUCAAGCGAACCUGAAGGUAAUAGAAAAGAACGCUGGUAUCCUUCAGCAAUACAGGGAUGUUGUAAGUUUUGGAAUCGUUUGUGUAAAUUAUUGAGCCUAAUGGCAUGUUUGCUUCUUCCAUUGCCUACUUGUGUUUAUAUGGUCUAAAUCUCUAAAUAGAAAGAUUUUGGAUCUCUUGAGGAA